AUACACAUUUGACAGCAGAAAAUCGACAGAUUAAACUGAAAAAGCUGGACUGAUAUCGCAGUGAUCGCCUGAUGAAAAUUUUGGGAAUAAGUUGCCGAAUAUAUAGUUUCACACUUUCAGAAUAAUUGUUGAUAACUGCAAUUUUUGUUCAUUGAAAUAGCAGGAUUUUGCGUGCUGGUAGUGAAAUUAUUCCUAAAAGUAAAAUGCCGACAAUGUUAGAACGAGAUGACAACGGUAAUGAGUAUGAAGUAGGCGAGUGGGUCCGAUUCGGAUUGCGGCUUGGAGUGACAACGGCACUUCAUCCGUUCGAAUACUCAAAGGUGUUGAUUCAGAUUGGAUUUGAACCGAUUGCUGCUGUACCCGGACGGACUUUGUUUGGCAAGCCAACACUGAUUCUUCCCAAUGUGUUUCAAUACGCUGCUCAUAUUAAACACGUAGAUGGCUUCUUCGGUUGUUUUCGGGGGCUGAGUGCCAAAAUUCUAGGCAAUUUACUUAGCGCACACUACAGUGAAAUAGUAGCAGAUCAGCUAGGACUGGAAUCAUAUAAAAAUCCCGACAGUAAACAUAAGAACAAAAAUGAAGGAUCCGUCAGUCAGGAGAAUGAUGCCGAACAACUAGACGAACAAUUUAAAAUACAACUAAGGCGCAAUCUUGUAGUACAUACGGCCGGUGUUGUAAUAUCACAACCGUUCCAUGUGAUUUCCAUCCGUAUGAUGGCACAGUUCGUUGGUCGCGAAAAAGUAUAUUCUGGCUUGUGGCAAUCAAUCAAAGAAAUCUGGUCCCAAGAUGGACUAUUUGGAUUUUUUGCCGGGUUCAUACCAAGGCUGCUUUGCGAUCUGGGCUGUCUCAUCAUUUCGAGCUCAGCAACUUAUCUAGCAAGCAGGUACAUAAUUCGAGAACAGGAAGGGCGCGUUUAUUUUUCAACGAUCUCGCAGUUCGUCGCUUCGAGCAUGUUCUACCCGUACCAUGUCGUUUCAACUUGCAUGAUAGUCAAUGGUUCAAGACUGAAGGCUGGUAAUUUCCCGAACAUGGAACCGUACCGUGACUGGCGUGAUUGCUACGCUAAGCUAAGGGCUUCUGGUGAUCAUAAGCGAGGAAAUUCACUUUUCUUUAGAUAUGCAUCGCGCCCAUCGAAGCUUUCAUCAUCCAAUGACUCAUUUGCACCAUAUCCAACAUUGAAAAUAUAUUAAAACGUCAAGCCUAUAUAGUUCGAGAAGGAAGCUUCGACAAUUUUGCCGUUCCGCAAGUCUGUUAUGUAAUUAUUGUUUUAUUCAUUCACUUGUUAUAAUCUAUAUAGAAAUGACCAAAAUAAGACGUGAUUAGUACGAACGAAAUCAUCUAAAAAACUAUUUACCUAGAACACAGAAACGUGUGCGAACUAAAGAAAUACGAUGAAUUUCGGCUAAGCCCAACUUUUGGAAACGUUCGUUAAAGAGCGGAGUUUUCGUUCUAUUUUGCUUCUUGUUCCGACGAAUAAAACCUCAUAAUUAUUUUUUUGCCAUCAACGGUGUUGUGAUUGUUCUCUGCAUUUGUCACAUGUAAAUAUAGAAAUUUGCAAAAUUAUAAA